ACUCUCCUUCUUACGGUUGGUCCUUGUCUCGCGAAUGGUUUAUAGCAGCUGCGCGCGCAGCUAUUGCUUUUCACGCCAGUAGCGUACUUCGUUAAGUACCGAUGGACGGUCCAGGUACGAUUACGUGGGAGGAAUUUGUUGAAAAUGCCGAAAGUUUUACACAGAUGUCGAGUCAGUUCUCUGAUGGAUGGGAACUGCGAGGUAACAAGAAUAUUCCUGGGGAAGUAUAUAUUGUUCGACAGAGAAAGCAAUUUAUCUCAAGUAUUAGCGAGUUGAACGAUUAUUCAACAUCGAAAAAUAACGAGUUUACAGAUGAUUUGAACUUCAUUUUAAAACAAGAUCCAUUUGAAGCCAGUUCUUCAAUCGAUAUACCAUUGGUUACCGAACAUCAUGUAUUGUGGUCGAUGAGCUACGGUGUUCCAGUACUAUAUUUUAAUGGCUGGAAAUCAGGUGAACACGUGAUUAUUCAUUAAGUAAUUGAAAGAAAAGUGCUAGACAAAAACACCCCUUCCACUUCGUUUAUAUUUUGUGAUGUUACGAUUCGUUCUUAAAGGUAUUUCGUGAAUGUCGUUAAUUUUUUAACAUCUAUUCAUCAAAAUAUGAAACUUCCAUUACAAUCGCUCCCUGAUCACCACUAGACCUUAAUCUGGUAUGUACAGCCUGUUGAAAAUCGCAGGCGACGUAAUGCUGAUUGUUCCUUCGAUUGUACCCUAUCUUAAACUAGGCUAAGAAGUCAGCAAAGGGAUAAAGAGUGACUGAAGGAGAAAGAUACGAGAAACAAAGGAAAUGUUUUAUGACAAUGCCGUGCACUGAAACAUACUUUUCGAAUUAAAAUUGCAAUUUUUUUUUUUGAAAUAUUUCUAUUCCAAAACCGAUUAUAAAGCCGUAUAAUUAAUUCCCGUAGAUUUUCCUGGGA